GUCAGGGACAACAUCGAGCCAGAUUGAUCUCCUGCAUUCUGCUAGCGAUUUGGCCGCACUUUGUAAUUUAUCUUUCAUAUAUCCUCCCUCACAUACACACUCUCUCUCUCCUUCUCUCUCUCUUACACAUACACAUACAUACACACACUCCUCACGAUGGAGCAAGAGCUCCUUACCUUGCUCGCUGACACCCAGUCGCCGGUCGCCGAUACAAGAAAGGCCGCCGAGCUGCACCUCCUGCAACUCUAUCCAAACGAAAACUUCCCCCUCUCACUCGCUGCUAUCGCUUCCCACGAUUCCGUCCCUACAAAUCUACGGCAGUCUGCCCUCUCAGUCCUUCGGACCUUCAUUACCGCCGGCUGGUCUCCGAAUCUGGAAGAUUUCAAGGGCCAAAUUCUGAUCAAUGAUGUGAACAAGGCUCAGAUUCGAGGCGUGCUUCUCGACUUGGCCACGACUACAGAAAUUCCUGAACGCAAGGUCAAAGCUGCUGCCAGUUAUGCCGUCAGCAAGAUUGCGAGUGCUGAUUUCCCUGAACAAUGGCCUGAGCUUCUACCUGCACUGCUUCGGAUCAUCAAUGAUGCAAAUAGCACACCCGCUGCCCUUCAUGGUGCAUUGAAGGUGCUGCUGGAUCUGGUGGAUACAGGAUUCAAUGAAGAACAAUUUUUCAAUGUUGCCCGCGACCUCGUUACCACUCUCUUCAGCGUGGCGACAAAUGAGUCUAGGAAGCCUGUGCUAAGGGCAUUGGCUGUUGCAGUCUUCCGCUCGUGUCUCGAUACCCUGGAAAUGGUGCUCGAGCAACACAAGGCUGUUGUGAAACAGUUCAUGGAUGAGGUUCUAGGUGGCUGGUCGCCUUUCUUCAUCUCCGUUCUGAAAGCUCCUUUGCCACAACCUCCAAAUGAACAGGAGGAAUCUAAGGAAAGCGAAGUUCCAUCUCAAUGGAGAGGCGUCAUUGCACUGAAGCUACAAGUUGUGAAGACCCUGAUGAAAAUUCGCAUGGUUUUCCCUGGACUGGUGGUCCCUCAAAGCCCGGCUUAUUUCUCUACUAUCUGGACAGAGCUGUCUAAUAUUCAAGGCUCGUAUUACGAAUUUUACAUCAACGAUGAGAGACAAGGACGCCUAGUGGAUGUGGAUGGACUUCCAUACACGCUGGAUCUUUUGGUGUUGGAGGAGUUGGAUCUCAUCCAAACGCUCUUGAAGGCACCACCGGUCAAGGCAGAGCUUCAACAACAGUUGCAGAAUACUGGUCAAUCCGCGACUACGGAAAGCUGGCUCCCGGAAAUCCUCAAGCUGGCUAGUUCAUAUGCCCAAAUCACGACGGAGGAGGAAGGCCUGUGGGAUAUCGAUGUCAACCUCUUCCUUUCUGAAGAGACCUCUGUCACCGCCAACUACACUCCCCGCACCUGUAGCGGAGAUCUUGUGAUCAGGCUGGGCGAAUGGCUGAAGGACGUUACCACUCAAACCCUUCUGGUGCUCCUAAAUAAUGUUUUCUCUGAUUCAGCUGCCACAUGGAAAUCUCGCGAGUCGUCCCUCUUCAUCCUUAACUCGCUUCUCCGCGACUUGCACGAAGUUUCUCAGAAUAUCUCUCUAGAACUCGCCAGUGGAUUCUGUAAGUUUAUCCAGUUUUCCAUUCAACAAGAGGAAGAAUUUCUGCGGGCUCGUGGCUAUCUUGUAGCAGGUAUUCUUGCACAGGUCGCGGGUGAAGGAUUCCAGGCGACUGCUGCGUCUUACUUGGAGGCCACCCUAAAGGCAAUCUCCGAAGACUCGUCAGAAGUCGUCAAGGUGUCUUGCAUCCGGGCCCUCCAGGACCUCAUGCCUUCACUUUCCGCAAACAACACUGUCCCUGUUCAAAUUCCCAUCAUCACCGCCAUUUCAGAUUUUGUUUCCGCACACGAUCUUCGCGAGUCGUCUGACAGCGACGACCUGAAAGUAACUCUCGCAGAAACGCUUCGUGAUACGAUCAUGGUCAACCCUGGCGUAGUCCUCUCUUCAGUAGCUAUCGACGUGUUGUUCAACAUCGCCAGCAACGGAGCUACAAACUACCAACUGAUCAUGAUUGUGACAGAGGCAUUUGAGGACAUUGUGGAAAACAUUUCGCAGCAAGGUCCGGACUCAUUUGUUCGCCUAUGCGAAAAAGUUCUACCAUCUCUCACCGGGGCAAUCGAUGUUGGAAACCUAACCCAAGAGAAUGCGCUCACGAACUUUGCUGCAGACCUCCUGCGGGCUCUUGCGGAGCGGGCCCUUGAGCCUUUGCCUGCAGGUUUUGUCGAGACCGUCAUGCCAAAAUUAAACCGACUUCUUCUCGAUUCGUCCGAUGGAGAGUUGAUUCGGCCCGCCACGGAAGCUGUCCGGCACAUUCUCUCACAUGAUUUUAAUCAGUUCAUUGCUUGGCGUGACCCACAGAGCGGCAAGGAAGCCACCGAAGUGGUUUUGGUGAUAAUCGAUCGGCUCCUCGGCCCAUCCGUGGAUGACAACGCAGCAACAGAGGUUGGACAGCUCGCAGCGGAACUGGUCGAGCGUGCAGGAUCGGAAAGACUCGGACCGUAUCUUCCCCAACUGCUUCAGGCUGUCGCCCGCCGUCUUGCCACGGCAGAAAAGGCCCAGUUCAUCCAAAGCUUGAUCCUUGUGUUCGCUCGACUGACACUGAUCAGCGCCCGUGAGGUUGUUGACUUCCUGGCGCAGGUGGAUAUUGGUGGACAGAGCGGGCUCCCGAUUGUGAUGAGCAAGUGGCUUGAGAACUCGGUCAACUUUGCUGGAUAUGACGAAAUUAAACAGAAUAUCAUAGCCCUGGCCACCUUGUACAAUCUUGAGGAUCCCCGACUCUCUCAGGUGCAAGUCAAGGGCGACCUCAUUGUUCAGGAUACCGGCCGCAUCAAGACGCGGUCGCAGGCUCGUAACAAUCCUGAUCGGUACACGACCGUCAGUGCGCCCUUGAAGAUCAUCAAGGUCCUUGUGGAGGAGCUAGCUGCGGCGUCUGGAAGCAAGGAAAUCGAUGCUGCCACAGCGGCUGCGCUGGAGGAAGAAAGCAGCGAUGACGACGAGUGGGAGGAUGUUCCAAGCAAUGUUCUUGAUUUGGGUCUGGGUGUCACCAAACAGGAACUGAUGACAUUUGGCGAGGGGGGGACCGAGGGCGUGUUUGGGGUGCGCAAGCGGGACGACGAGGCGCAAGGCUUUUUGUUGGACUUUUUCCGCAAUGCCUCUACCAAAGCCGAGUUCCAGCAGCUCUUUGCUGCCUUGACUCUUUCUGAACAGGAGAAGCUUCGCACUUUGGGCUAGCAACGAGACGAUGUGACCAUUUUGACAGUCGAUUUCUGGCGAAUAAUGCGUAAUCAUAGACUAUCAAAUCCAAGAUGUGGUUAAUCUUGUUAUGUUAAAAAAGGGGGGUAAACCGAGGUAGAAGAAACUGACUGUACUUUGAUUUAGUUUAUAAAAAUCGGUACAUAGGAAAUACUACCUAGGUACCUACUACGGAGUACUUAGGAGUGCUUUCUAGUGCAAGAAUACGAGGGACCAGUAUCAAGGUACUUUGGGAUCCAAGUUCCAACCAGACGGGACAGAAUGCACACGUUAGGUUAGGUAGUUACCAAGAAGAAGGGAAGGAUAGUUAAUAAAAUUGGCCUAAAGAAGAUUAUCAACUACUCUUUUAAUCAAAC